GUAAUGAAACAUCUCGUCAUCCUAAGCAAAGAAGGGCAGGCAGCCUGUGAGUGUGGAGAACCUGGACCCGGCGGGGAGGAGCAGAGCAGAGGGUCGCUGUGGAGACCGGAGCCGGCGGGCACACACACACACACACACAUACAUACACACACACACACACACACACACACACACACACACACACACACACACACACACUCACACAGAGAGAACCGUUAGCGGAGCAGACUCUGAACGUUAGCCCGCUUUCAGUAGCUGCUUCUGGGGCUUGGUAAAGAGAAGACACCGGGGGGGGUGAAGGGGGAGCAAGAGGCGGAUGGUCUGCCCGCACAGGAGCCUCUGAGCGCGGACACGGAGAUGUGCUGUGAAUGUGACACUGAAGGAAACACAGGGUGGCUCGAAUAGCUAACGUUAGCCUGCCUGCUAGGUAGCUGGCUGCAGCCUGGUGCAUGAGUCUCCUCCUCCUGAGGAUGAAGCCGCGCGGAGACGUUCACGACCCGGUGUGAGAGGAUCAUGUCUGAAGGAUAACGUCCACAGUGAGACAUCUCCAGAAGCCAACUGUCUUCUUCUGCUGUCAUCUGCACGUCUCCAUCCUCCUCCUCCUGCUGAUCUUGGGAGUCUUCGUUCGGUGUGAUUUCUUUGACUGCAUGCAUUCCUCAUCGGGAUCAUGUAAAUUCAUUAAAGAGGGGAUAAUUAUCCUCCUGACAGCCUCCUGACCAAAGACGGGAUGACUCUCUGUUUGAAAUCUUAACAAUGUGACAGAGUCCCCGCGUGUCCAAGUAUCUGUUGGAUCCUCACUCUGCCACCUUCACUUGUUCCCUUCCUAACAGCCUUUCCUCCCCUCCCUCCCCUCCUGUCAUUGGGCCAUGGUUCGUAAGAAAGGCUCUCUGAUACUAUGCGGCGGUUUCCUGUUUGUCGCCUGGAAUGCUCUUCUUCUUCUCUAUCUGUGGGGUCGCCCUCCCAGCGGCCGGCUCGGGGAGGGCGGCGGAGCUGAACCAGGAGGGAAGGAGGAGUGGGGGGUGGGUAGAGGAGGUCAGGUCAACCUGGCGGGGGAGGUCAUCCGUCUGGCGGAGGAGGUGGAAGUUCAGCUGGAGACGCAGAAAAAGCUGCUGAAGCAGAUCGAGAGUCACAGGGCGGUGUGGGCGCGGCAGAGAGACGUCGGGAAGAGAGAGACGAAGGAUAAAAAAGAAGUUAAAGAGGAGGUGGUCAAGCAGGAGUGGAAACCUCCUCCUCCUCCUCCUUCUCCUGUCAAAGAAGACACAGAGGUCAAGGACCAAACAGAUGUGAAACAAACACAGAAACCUGCAGCUACAGAAGCUUUGAACUCUAAGUCCGAGCAGCAGCAGCAGGCCACCGCCAUCAAGCAGGAGAUCAAGACCGAUACAUUUUACACUUCCGGCCCCGAGGUCGUAAUUCCUAUUCUGGUCAUCGCCUGCGACAGAGUGACGGUGAAACGCAGCCUCGACAAACUCAUCCAGUACCGCCCCUCCCCACAACUUUUUCCAAUCAUCGUCAGCCAGGACUGUGGCCACGCCGAGACUGCCCGCGUCAUCGGCUCGUAUGGAGAACAGGUGGCGCACAUCAGGCAGCCGGACCUCUCUGACAUCAGAGUCCGGCCGGAGCACCGGAAGUUCCAGGGAUACUACAAGAUCGCCCGCCACUACCGCUGGGCGCUCAACCAGAUUUUCAACACGUUGUCACACUCGAGCGUGGUCAUCGUGGAGGACGACCUGGAGGUGGCGCCGGACUUCUUUGAGUAUUUCCAGGCCCUGUACCCGAUCUUGCGCUCGGACCCGUCCCUGUGGUGUGUUUCCGCGUGGAACGACAACGGCAGAGAUGCGUUGGUGGAUCCUUCCAAAGCGGAGCUCCUCCACAGGACAGACUUCUUCCCCGGUCUGGGCUGGAUGCUGCUGAAGGACAUGUGGGACGAACUGGAGCCCAAAUGGCCCUCGGCCUUCUGGGACGACUGGAUGCGUCAGCCGGAGCAGCGUAAGGACCGCUCCUGCAUCCGUCCUGAGAUCUCGCGGACGAUCACGUUCGGCCGUAAAGGCGUCAGUCUGGGUCAGUUCUUCGACCAGUACCUGCGCUACAUAAAGCUCAACACUGAGUUUGUGCCUUUUACCAAACUGGACCUGUCUUAUUUACUCAAAGACAAGUACGAGGUGAAGUUCAUCCUCGAGGUUUACUCCGCCCUUCUGGUUAAGAUCGAGGACCUACAACAAGGGGGCAGCUUAAAAGGUCCUGGACCGUUCAGGGUCCAGUACUCCACCCGGGACACUUUUAAAGUCUUUUCUCGAAAUCUAGGCGUGAUGGACGACUUAAAGUCUGGAGUCCCUCGUACGGGUUACAGGGGCGUGGUCAGCUUCCUGCACCGCGGUCGGAGGGUGUUCUUGGCUCCCCCCGAGGACUGGACUCACUAUGACGUCAGCUGGAGCUGAGAGACUAGAUCAGACUCGUUAGACCGUGUGAACGGUGUCGAAGAGGGAGAGAGGAAGGCCCUCUCAGACCAAAGAAGAUCAGCGUACACAUGAAGGAAUCAGGAGCACAGACGCGAGUGUGUUUGUGGGGAGGCUGCUCGUUCGGCUCAGCAGCAGAGUUCAGACUUUUAGAAAAGGACAUGAACAGCUUUCGGCACCGUGCCUUGCUUUCUGGGCCCCCCUCUUUAUUCACUUUAUUUUUUUAUUCCUGUGAAUUUAACGUCAAAUCCAGAGGUUGAAGCGGAGGAUGGUAGCAGAACAUAACUUGAAUUAUCCUCGGGAGGAGGAUGUGUCAGCGUUGGUGAUCAUUCCAACGACCCGGGAGACCGAUAGUGUUAUGUGUUAAAACUUGUUGGGAAACAUUUCACAACGUUUCUGAAAGAAUCUAUUGUUUUUGAUCCAACUAUUCCGAUCUGAGGUCGACGUUUAAAUCCAUCAAACUAAUCAGAAGCAGAGCGGUGAGCGGUGAGCGGGGGGAAAUGAAAACCGUGUUUUAUUGGUAAACAAAGGACUGAACACAGUCGUUAUAUGAAGCCCUGAUGUUUCACAUUAAAGCCGCUCUCCAGCAGUGAUGGAGACAAACAGACUUUAGAAAGUAAAGGUGUCCUGAUCCGCGACCAACUUAUUACUCAUCGCUGUCCAACAUUUCAGUCACCGAGCAGUGACUCUUAAAACCCCCUCAAGAACUUUGUUUUAGACUGAUGUGCCCCUGAGGUGCUGCAACAUGACACACCAGGGUUGUCACGGAAACAGAAUUUUAAACUGGGUAGUUUCUUGUUUUUAAUGACCAAAACUUGCAGACAAGCUACUGAUGCGAACAGUGGAGUCGCCCCCUGCUGGACAUCAGAAAGAAUGCAGGUUAAAGGCACUUCUGAAUUGAAUUUGUUUUAAAAAAUAAAACAUCUGCUCGGUGACUGAGGUGAGAGAUGAACGAAAGCUUUCACAGUUUUCACACAUGCCCCUGAAGUCCUCCUGAUCUGGUUGUUCACACAUGCACCUCACAGCGGGAGACUAUCCCUGCCCGAUGUGAGGGGGGGCGAGGAGGCCCUUGAGGCGAGACGUGACGUAAAAAGAGUCCGUUAUACGACGCCAUAAUGAGAAUAUUUGCCUUCAUAUCAAUGCUAUGUUUCAGUUUUGUGCAUGUGUGAAAGCGCUAACAGACAGUGAUGUGUAGUGAACAGAGUCCUAAAUCAGAGCCAUGUUUACACAUCCUUCACUGAACCUGAACCUGAGGGAGAACUUGUUUAGUUUUUUAAAAUGGGACCACGUUUCUGUUGUAAACUUUGGGAAUAAGACGUUGAAGUAAGAACACUAAAAACUCGACAACACUCUGAAACAAAAGACUCUUUUGUACAUGAAGAGUAGCUUUAUGUUUAACGAUGUUUGAACUGAUCAGCUGCUCCUGGAUCAGUUAGAGAACAAAGCAGAGAUGAUGUCACAGCUUUGCAGCCUCGCUAUGUUUCAGACGAAGGGCGUCAGGUCAGCGAUAAACGUUUACUGAGAAUAAGGUCGACAGAAUGUCCGAUCCCCCUCUUAUCCAUUCAGGAUUUUUUUGUUGUUGUUAUUUUUGCCUUCAUUCGAUUGGACCGCUGAAGAGAGACAGGAAGGUGUUGGGAGGAGAGAGUGAGGGGACGACAUGCAGCAAGGGGCCGAGGUCGGAUUCAAACCCACAGAUGCGACGUGCAACAUAAACCGCUAGGCCAUCUGGCACCCCUCGACAAAUGUUUUAAAACGAUAUCCCAGUUAUUUUAAUGAUUGAUCGUACUCUAAACUAUAACUUAAAAAAAGACCCAGAUCUUCUGUUAUAUUUUUAACCAAUAGCGUGGCUCCGUUCAAAUGAACAGGUCAGCAAAUACUGACGUCCACCUGGCAUUUUCUCCCGGGCAGAAAAGCGCCGACUGUGCGCUCCGGAGCUCUUGCGUGAAGCGUUUGUGCGCUGAGAAUAAAGCGCUGCACGUCGUCCUGUCGCCAUGACAACAGUCUGUUAACAAGGCGGCAAAACUGCGGGGAAUAUCUUAGGGGCCAAUCACACCGAGACUUACAAAUUAUAAACAUUUGACCUCGACGCGCUUUGAUCUGACCCGCCUGGAUCUUAGUCUGAAACAUUGUGCAGGGUUUGAUGGUCGAUCUGCUGCUCAAGCUGGACUUGUUAGGCCUCAGAUGAUUUAAUUUAGUUUCUAAUGUUUUAUCUUCUUUAACUUAAACUUGAAAUGUGACGCUGAAGGAAACUGCGUGCUGUCAGAGAGGUCGCAGAUCUCCGCCCUGACGCCGUGCAGAGAGAAUCUGUUCAUAUGAAGGAUUAAACUUUAACCUCCAGGACGGCUUCAGAUGAUUUGAACUGUCCUGAUCGUGAAGUUCUAACAUGUUUAUUUAGCUGCAGAUGAGAUUGAAACCUGACUGAUGAUUUUCUGUAACCGCCAAACGUGUGUUUUGGUCAGCUUCGGUUUGUUGAAGAACCGCCGACUGACGACGGAGGACGGCAGAGAAACCGUUAUCACUGUACUGUAAUCAGCUCGGGACCUUAUCAAGGAGACCGAUCGCCUCCCUCGUCUGUAUGGUGAAGUGUUCAACCACUGCCCGAUGUGUUUAUAACUUUAAUACAGUAUCAAUAAAAUCAACUAUUUUGAUAUGUG